AUGGCGGAGCGAGAGGAGUGUACAGGUUUGCUAGAAGGAGAAGAUGAUUCUGAAUCUUCCCCUUCAAGUAGCAAAUACUGCAGUUCAGAGAAACAGCUGCCGGCGUGCUGUGACCCCAGCAGACUGCUGCACAGAAUUGUCGUGUUGAUAUUCAUGUGUUUUUUAGGGUUUGGUAGCUACUUCUGCUAUGACAAUCCAGCAGCCCUGCAGACUCAGAUAGUGCAGGAUAUGGAUCUGAAUACUUCCAUGUUCAUGCAGUUAUAUGCAUGGUAUUCCUGGCCAAAUGUUGUGCUUUGCUUCCUUGGAGGGUUCUUGCUGGAUCGUGUUUUUGGUAUACGGUUGGGAACAAUCAUUUUCAGCCUAUUUGUCUGUGUUGGACAGGUAAUAUUCGCUGCUGGUGCUUUUUUUGGUUCCUUUUGGUUGAUGGAACUUGGGAGAUUUGUGUUUGGGACAGGUGGGGAAUCCCUUGCUGUUGCACAAAACACAUAUGCUGUCAGUUGGUUUAAAGGGAAAGAACUGAACCUGGUAUUUGGUCUUCAGCUUAGUAUGGCCAGACUGGGCAGCACAGUAAACAUGAAUAUUAUGGGGUGGAUCUACUCCAGUGUAAAAGGCUUGGUAGGCUCUCCAGGCCACACAACACUUGGUAUAACCCUUCUGAUUGGUUGUGCAACAUGUAUUUUUUCUUUAAUCUGUGCGCUGGUGCUUGGAUACUUAGACAAAAGAGCAGAGAAGAUUCUAAACAAAGAACAGGGAGAGACUGGUGAAGUGAUAAAGCUGACGGACGUGAAGGAUUUCUCAAUAUCCCUCUGGCUGAUAUUCAUCAUCUGUGUUUGCUAUUAUGUGGCAGUUUUUCCAUUCAUUGGACUUGGACAGGUUUUCUUCAUUGAAAAGUUCAACUUUUCUCCAGAACAAGCGAGAGCAAUUAACAGCGUUGUGUAUAUUAUCUCGGCUCCGGCAUCGCCUGUUCUGGGAUUCAUGGUGGAUAGAAUUGGGAAGAAUAUCAUCUGGGUUAUGUGUGCGGUUGUAACCACUCUUGCAGCCCACAUGAUGUUGGCAUUUACGUUUUGGAACCCUUGGAUUGCAAUGAGCUUACUUGGAAUUUCCUACUCCUUGCUUGCCUGUGCGCUCUGGCCAAUGGUGGCUUUUGUAGUUCCAGAACAUCAGCUGGGAACAGCCUAUGGCUUCAUGCAGUCAAUACAAAAUUUGGGUCUUGCACUGAUUUCUAUAGCUGCUGGUUACAUAUUGGACAAUCACGGUUAUUUGUUCCUUGAGGUCUUCUUCAGUGCAUGUGUGUGCUUGGCGUUGAUUGCUGUGGUUAUGCUGUAUUUUGUGGAUCUUCUGAGAGGAGGGGACCUCAAUUUGUCAGCCAAGAAGAGAGGACAACUUCAACAGAUUUCUGAUACAGAAGCUGAGCAAAGGGAACGUCUCCUGCAGCAGAAUAGAGAGGAUCUGGCUCGGCUGAGACCAAUGUCUGCAUUUGGAUUAAGAAACCGCUACCUUUCUAGACUUGGGGCACAGCUUCCAGACCAUUAUUGCAGCCACCUGUCUUCUCUCGCAUACAGAAGUGUCCUAAAAUAGAAGCCUGGUACAGUGUCAUAACCUUUACAGUGGGCUUAUAAUGCGAGGAAUGAUGCGACUUGCAUUCAAACCUUCAACACCUUUAAAACAAUGUGAUUUCCUUGUUAUGCAUACUGUUAAUCAGGAGUUAGUGCUAAUAUUUCUGUAUGUGCACUUACACUACCAAACCUUAGCAAUGUUGUAAUUAUGCCAGCUGUUACAGAUGUAUAUGGUAAUCACACAAAAGAUAUGUACUUUUGUUAUAAAACUGAACUUUGUUGUUGUUAUUAUUAUUAUUAUUAUUAUUAUUAUUAUUAUUAUUAUUAUUAUUAUUAUUAGCAAUAUAACAAGUACAUGGAUAAAGGUUAAAAUGAUUACACUCAUUUUAACCUUUAAUUGUUUGUUGCUGGACAUGGUAAAAAAUAGAUACAUGUAAAGUAAUACAGAAUAAUAUCCUGAAUGCUGUCUAAACAUGGCCAAUAAAUUAGAGCAGGUAUGUUGUUUUACUUCAAUGCAAAUAUAUAUAUAUAUAUAUAUAU